AUGUUGAUAGAUUACAAAAAACCUAUUCGUGAUUUUCUACGUAAACGACCGCAAGAUUAUGAAGGAGAGCCAGUGUAUUUUUGGAUGGAUAAUACGAUAUAUGUGAAAAAUGCAACAAAAAAUCUUAUUAAAGACUUAGCUAAAAUUGCUGAAAUUCGAACAAUUCGUCUUGAAGACCAUUCAGUAACACUAGAUGUUAGAAAUAUUCAACAUAUAUUUCAAAUAGAUAUUUGA